UGGUUCCUGAUUGGAAAUUAAAAAAAUUUAGAAGUAAUGUUCUUGUUUGUUGUUGUAAUUUAUAGGUUAUGUUAUGUUUACUAGUGUAGGUUAAGAUUAUGGUAUUUGAUAAGCUAAUACAAAUAUUCAUCUUCAUCAAAGUAUUCGAUACAAUAUUAUUUUACUGUAAUGGUGGCUGUAUAAAAUUGAAAAUUUUAGAUGAGGAUUUGAAAAAUUUUGGUUAUGUAUUUGGGGUUUAAGCGUGUGUCUUAAGGCCAUUUUUGAAAGUUCCAAAAAUGUUGUCCAACUUUAAUAUUCUGCAAUGAUCGAUAUGUAUAAUUGAAAUGGAUGAACAGAGUUAUUCUAGAACUCUAAGUUAUGUAGUCUGUGAGUUGACAAUGCCUGUUAAAAGGCAUGUUUAUAAUUUUGCAGUUAACAACCAAGGGUCAUUAAAUCAUCACCUACUUACUGCUGCUGUGAAAGCAAUUGGACAGUGGAAACACACAAAUUCAAAGUCUCGCAAGAUUUCUCUGAAUAGGCCCUUAAAUAAUGGUGUUUCUAGUCGUAAAAUUAAGUCUAUUGCAGUAAAAAACAAAGAUUCAGAUCAGGUGCAGCAGAUUUCUGAAGAAUGUGUUCUUGAAGAGACAGUAGUAGAGGAGGAACCAUCCUUUGAUAAUAUGGUUUUAAAGAAAGAUAUGAAUAGCUCUUCUAAGAUGGACACACCAGAAAAAAUAGAAAUAUCUUGUGAAAGUGAUGAUCAUAUUGUAAAGACUGUAGAUAUUAGCUCUAAAACUCAUUUUGUUUAUCAAGAUAGUAAUAAUUCCACUUGUGGAAUUAUAGAAGGAAAUAUGACGAAUGAAGAAGGAUUACCCUCUGACGAAAGUGACUUUGUAGGUGCUGGAAUAAAUUUUAAUACAGAUUGUGAAGUUAUUCAUUAUGAUAACAACUCAGAUUCGUGUGAUGACAUGUCGAAUUUCUAUUCGGACCCUCUACUCUUGUGUAGUGAUGAAGGUUUUAAAACCAUGUUUAGAAUUACUCGUUCUUCAUAUCAGAAUCUGUUGGAGCUUUUAUCAAAAGAGGAAAUGGAACCAAUUGAGAAUGUGCCUUUGUACAAGAAACUAUUGAUAGUGUUGUGGUUGAUGGGAAAUUCAGGUUCCUACAGUAGUGCUGCUAAAAUGUUUGAUUUGGCUGAAGAGGAUGUGGCAAACUGUUUUUUUGAUGUGUGUGCCACUUUGUACAACAAAUGUGAUAGCAUCAUCAGAUGGCCUACCCCUGAAGAAAGUAAUGAAAUUGCUUCUAGAAUCGAGAAUACUUUCGGUUUUCCUGAGGUUGUUGGUGUUUUAGGUUGCAGUUACUUUUCAAUUUCAAUUCCAAAAGAAGCAAUGUCGAGACGAGAACAUUUUAAUGCUAAAACUAGAACUUAUUGUAUAUCAUUACAGAUAGUUUGUGAUGAUAAACUUCUUAUAAGAGACGUUUUCCCUGGGUUGCCUGGCAGCAAACCUAUGGCUCAAGUAUUGAGGGACAGUCCACUCUGUGAGCAGCUGGUGUCUAAGGUCGAGCCACGACUGGUGGAGUCACAUAGGCACAUACUGGCUCGCAAGGAAUAUCCUCAGCUCACCUCCAUGCUCACUCCAUACAUCAGCAAGCAAGGCUGCUCUCUUUCUACAGAAGAGGAAGAGUUCAACAGACUCCAUGAAGGUGUUUGUGUGCUUGUAGACAAAACAUUGCAAAUGCUUCGAGACCGGUUUCUUAUACUAAAACUACUUGACCCAGAAAUUGCAACUAUGGUCUUAGUUUCAGCGUGUGUUCUCCAUAAUAUUUGUAUAGAAAACGAUGAUAUGUUUUGACAAGUAAGUAGAGAUAUGGCAAUAAUACACUUUGAAAUUAAAUGCAUCAAAACUCCAUUAAAUUUUCAUUUGACAUUUUUCUAAUUAAAUGUGUAAAAUAAAUAAUUUUAAGUUAAUUGACUUUCUAAAUCCCUGCAUACGUUUUUUUCCAAAAUGACAACUGUAUAACAUAUAUAUUGGCUAUGUCAACAAUUUUAAUUAACCUUUAAAAAGGUGCAAAUGAGGUGAAAUUAAAUAGGAAAAUAAGUUUAUAGACUCAGUAAAAUUGUAAUGUCAAUCACUACAGUAUGUAUAAGAACAACUUGAAAAUUUGUGGAAAAAUUUAAUGUAGGCAUUGAAAACUUGAAUAUUAAUUUAUGUAUUUUAAUUGUUAAAUGGAGUUGAAAACCGAAUGUAACUACUUAGACCUUUUAGGAGCAAAGUAAAGUUACAUGCCAUA